AUGGCGGCGACAUCAGCGCUAAGGAGCAUAAUUCGGGUGAAGCAGCAAUCACAUAUAUCCAUCGUUGCGUUUUAUACAACGCAGAUAUCGUCGUAUGCAAAAUACACGGCCGGAUCUGGUGGGGAUCUCCAACUAAAACAUACUUACUGGCUUGGUAACCUCUUCAUCAAGAACAUGAUGCUCGUCCAAGCCGGGUCGUCAUUUGUGGUGGCUGAAUCAAGUUUUCAACAGUUCAUGAGACCUGGGGUACUGGAAGUAUCAUCUCCCUUCCGGUCCGCCUGUUAUCUCCUGGUAUUUGCGGCUUUUAUUGACUGUGUCUCCGUCUCUAUGGCCUAUCAACCUGGUCACAGAAAGGCAGGCACUGGAACCAUUGCUUUCCCUUAG